CACGACACCUCCGGGGACAUUGGCAACGCUGGGCGAUCACCCGACACUCAAAAGCUUCAGUUCUUGCUCCAAUAUAUCAAAAACAAGGGGAACUCGUGGAUGUUGGAAGUGUGUCUGUACGCGUUUUAGUGGAAGUGAGCUCCGGUGCAGUAUUUAUGUGUGGUGCAGAUAAACUGUGUCGGACAUGGAGCAGCAGAACCAGGAGAAGAGGAGAGGCAGUACUACAUGUCUAGUUUGUGGCCGUCAAGGUGGCAACACUGUGGUUGUCACUAGUGUUCAUAGUUUUGUUUCUGCUUCAGGAACUCCUUUGUCGGAUUUCCUUGUAAAGGUUGUGGGAGAAGAUCCAUGUUACUCUGUAAGUGAAGUCAUCUGUCAGCAGUGUUUUGUACUUCUUGACCGUUUGGAUGCUUAUCAGGCUCGAGCUGCUGAGAUUCAUACCCAUGUCACUUCAAGAUACCGUGACACAAAGCUUGAGUUGUUGGGUCAGAGACAACGUAUGAGCGAGCUAAUAGCAUCAUCAUUGUCUAAUGUCCAGGAACUGCGCCAUGGAACAACUCUCAAUGUCAGUGAUGAACUUACUAUAACUAUAGUUCAUGAAGCAAUGCCAAAAAGAAGAAGACACUAUAGAUUACAAAAUAGUGCCGCACUGAACCAUGUGAAAUCAACAAAAAAUGCUCAGAAUACAGUUAAGUCCGUGAAUGGAAGGAGCAGUGCUAUAAGUCAAUAUAUGUCGCCUAAAUUCAAAAGAAAGCGAACAGAUGAAGCGUUUGAUCAUAGGUCUUUUAUGGGGAAAAAGAAAAGGAAGCUAUUUUCAGGUGGAACUGAUGCCUUAAGUAACAAUAACAAUAUAUGCUAUGACAAAAAUGUAAAAGGCUUGAUGGUAGCCAAGGACAUUACAGAUUUUAAUCAUGUGAACUUGGAGCGGAAGGAGGAGAUCAGUGAUUUGAUGGGUGAUCUCAGAGGGAGUAGUGGUGAGGAAGAGGAUUUCAGUGAUGACACCAGUAGAGGUAAAGAUGAGGAGGAGGAGGAGGAGGACGAAGAUGAAGAAGCAUUGGACGGAGCAAAUGUUUUAGAUAUUGGCAAUAGUAAUCUAGAAGUGGGUGAUAAUGAUAAUGAAGAAGAGUCAAGUGAAGAAGAGUCCAGCACUGAAACUGAUAAUGAUGACAGUACUUCGGGAGAGGAGGAGGAAGAUGAUGAUAGCAAAGUUAAUAAUCUUCAGAAAUUAACGGGCAAGAAGGAUGAAGAUGAGGAAGAGGAUGAAUUUGAAGACGGCCAGACACAUCCUGGUGAAGGCUUUAAUACUACUGCCAAGAGGUCAUUGCCACCCUUAAGUUUGAUGUCGCAAGAUCAUGUAUCAGAGUCUCCUAACAACACCUCAAAACUAGAAAUACAAGUUACAUCUCAGAAACAAUUGAUGGAAGAGAUGCAAAUGAACCAACUUCAAAAUCAGUCAGAUAGUCAGGCAGUACCACCCCAUGUUGCUGAAGCCAUGAUAAUGCAGAGUCCACUUGCAACAUCUCUCCUACAGUCUUUUCUUGCUACAUCAUUAUGGUUUGGUUCACCAGAAACAUCAAAGAAAAAGAAAAGUGGAGGGCAAGCCAAACAGAAGCAGUUGCAACAAGAUUCAGAUGACCUUACAAGAGAGACUUUAGCAGUUGCUGCUGGGUCAACAAAAGAUAAAAAGAAGCGACAAGAACUAAAGAAUACUGGCCAGAGUUAUGUGAAUACCAAGGGAAAGCUCGUAGAUGCAAAGAGAGUAUGGCCACAGGACUGUAGUAGAUGCCCUUUGAAAUGCAAUGCAAGAAUAAGUGAAGAAGAUCGGCUUCGUAUAUUUGCUGAAUAUUGGGGUUUGGCAGAUUAUAAUUUGCAGAGAAAUUACUUGGCAGCGCAUAUGCAACGGGAAGAGAAGUUGGGUCCGAGUGGGCUAUUAAGGACUGUUAUUCUGUACUUCCUCUCUCGGGACAAAGAUACAAAAUUACAGGUUUGCCGUCAAUUCUUCUUGAAGACUUUAGAUGUAUCAGAAAAAGCUUCAAGAAUUGUUUUGGAGAAAAUGGUUCGUGGUGAACUGGGGACUGAAGGAGGUGGCCCAGCUACACCACCAUUGUUUAGUAAUCGUCCACAUUCAUCACAAGGAGAUAAUGAAAAGUCCGGUAAAGAAGAUGGUGAAGAUGAUGACGAAGAGGAAUUGAAAAGUGAUGACUUGUCUUGAGUGAUAAUAGAUCAUAUAUCUGGACCAUUUUUGUAUGUUUCAACUUGCACUCAUCAUGUAGUUUAUAGUUUUUGUCAUGUCUGAAGUAUGAGGUGAAAAGACAUCACAGGCUACAUGCUUAUAAAGCAAAGGCAGUAUAGGAAGAGGAUGUGUAGUAAAAAUUCAAGUAGCUGAGGCUUUCAAGGACCAAUAAGUUUUUGCUUGUGCUUUAUUAUUAAACAUAAUUUGUACUAUAAUAGGAUUUUGAGUAUUUGUAGCCUAAGAAGAAAAAAAAAGCAAAGAAAUGUCUAGGGAAAUGGGCAGCUCAUUUAAGAAACCAAAUGGAAUAUGUAAACUCUGUAAUAAUUUAUGGAGAUCACUUCUUGUGCUUGAAAUUUGCAGGAUCUACAGUCACAUUUAUUACCCAUUAAAAUUGGACAGUUUAAACUGCUGUCGGAGUUCAGAAAGUGUAUGAGUGAAGUAGUAGUGACAUGAAAUUUUAUAGGUGAGAGUAGUGCAUGGCUUUGUUAUGUAUAUUUUAGAUGUAUUGCAAUCGUUUCCUAGGUGUAAGAGUCUCCUCCAAGUGUCAUUUUAUAUAUAUUUUUCUUUUUACAAAUAAAUCAAUAGCCACAUA